GCGCCUCGUCCCGGCAGCAUGCUGCCUGCGCCCGCGUCUUUUCCGCUGCCCACAUUCCCCAACGCCACGCCCACGCCCGGACCGGUGGUGGUCGCCCUCGCGCUGGGGCUCCCCCUCUCGUCCUCCAAGCUUGUCCUCUUCUUUCCACCAGCUUGCUUUUGGUCGCUCCAACGCCGCUACGUGCUAAAGCCAUGGGGGAAAGGGAAGGGACGAGAGGUAGCGCUGUGCUUCCGCUGCUAGUAGAGGACUAGUUUACUGCCACUGAGGGAAGGGAACACGCUGCUGUGGAGCAGGUGAGUUCUUUUUGGCCGGGGUCACCAGGCCACAGGUGAAAACGGCCGCCCGCUGGUCUCUCUGUCCGCCGGUGAGUGAGUGCCCAGGCUUGAGGUUUCUUCUUCCCAGUUCAUGCUUCUGUUUGUUGGUGCCCACUAUCCAUCGGUGAUUUACUCCUCCGUUGGGCUUGUGCUCCUGCCUGCUGGUGAUUCUCGAUUACGCGUUCAAAGGUCGGAACAAGCGUGCAUCCCCGGUGCGGGUUAUCGUCUGCGAAGAUGGGAUUUUGAUGGAUCCGUUCCACGGUUGCUUCAAUCUUCGGAGGAAUCUGGCGUCCUGAAUCCAAGCGCAGAAAUUUUAACCUCCUGGCAAAAAAGCGCGGUUGCGCACAUCGUGUUCGUCGGAAAGCCGCACCGAGGGAGUUGCCACUUGCAACCGUCGCAGCGGUAACGAUGAGAGAUUUUGCAUCUUGCCUGAGCCAUGGCGCCGUCCAAGUUGCGCAAUCCUCUUCUUCAGGUGGGCAGAACAUGGUGCAGUGCGCCUACCUGGCCCGCCUGCGCGGCAAGACGUGCAGGGUCACCGUCACCUGGAGCAAGGUUGCCAUGGGGCAGGCUCUCGCCAUCGCCAUCCACGACUACUCGAACCGUUGCCUCUGCAAGACAGAGGUGAAGCCCUGGCUGUUCUCCAAGAUGAAGGGUUCCAAGGUCAUGGAAUUGGACGGUGGCAACGUGGAGGUCAUCUGGGACCUGUCAUCUGCCAAGUUCGCGGCUGGGCCAGAACCCGUUGAAGGCUUCCAUGUAGCUCUGGUCCAUGAUCUUGAAGCUGUCCUUGUUCUUGGCGACCUGCGGAAGGAGGAGCACCAGGUUUUGUCGGAUGCUUCACAUUCUGAUGCAGUCAUGAUAGCCAGAAAGGAGCAUAUUUAUGCAAAGAAGGUGUAUUCAGCAAAAGCUCGGUUUGUGGACAUUGGUCAGCUUCAUCACAUCUCCAUAGAGUGCGACACGGCAGGGGUGAGGGAUCCAAGCCUAGAAAUUAAGAUUGACAAGAAGAAAGUGUUGCAGGUGAAGAGGCUAGCAUGGAGGUUCAGAGGGAACCAGACAAUUUAUGUUGAUGGACUUCCAGUGGAAGUGCUCUGGGAUGUGCAUGACUGGCUGUUUACUUCAUCAAGUGGAUGUGCCGUGUUUUUGUUUCAGUCUGGCCAAUCCAUGGAAAAGUUCUUGUUGAGAACAUGCUCGCAGAAUGGAAAGGAGGCUCGAACACAUCGUUUGGGUUUCACAUUGAUACUAAAUGCAUGGAAGACUGAGUAGGCACUAGGCAGAAACAUGAUUUCAGGUUUCUUUAACAACUCUACUCUGAAUGAUGAAUAUUAACUGUAGGAAUCUAGGGUCUAGCAAGUCUAACAAAACCCUAUAUGCAAGAAUUUUGUGCUCCUUACAUAUGUUGUCCUGGCGGUUGUUGGCAAACUGAGAUUUUGGAUACGCAUACGAUCUUUAAUAUUUUAAGAGGUUUUUAGAUAGGAUAUGGGAUUCUAGUGCUCAAGUUGUCUAAUAUCAUGUCACUCACCUUUAAACCUUUUGUAAAGGUCCAUGAUAGAAUACCAAAAAUGGUGUCCACACUUCUUUUGUAUUCGCAACUGUUACGUCUCACAUGUUUAAAGUGAGGCUCAGGACAUAUUGCAUACAGUUGAGCAA